GAAUAUAACUUUCUAAGCCGUGAUGGUCAAGAGCUAUCAGAUUUGAAACAGAAAGUUGUGGAGCAGGAGAAACUUAUGAACUGCUUGAAAGAGGAAAAAGACUCACUGAUCAGACAAUUGAGUGAAGCCAAAGCCAGUCAGAUACAGGAGGCGAGGGGUCACCGCCAGAAAAUCCAUGAUCUGGAGUUGAAGCUGAUUGGUUCCGAGAUGGAGUGUACGGACAAGGAGAUAAAGUUUACCGAACACCUGGCCAACAAUCCUGCG